AUGGACGCAAAAGAGAUCGUCACUGUGAUGAAAGACCUUGAAAAGGCCGAAAGUGAUUCCCAGAUAAUAAGGCUUUUAACACUUUUGCAGACGGAUGUUGUUCCCACGGAGAAAGUUUUGAGGGAGACCAAAGUUGGUGUCACAGUGAAUAGGCUCAGGUCUCACGCAAAUCCUGAGGUUGGAACCUUAGUUAAGAAGAUUAUAAAGACCUGGAAGGAUGGCGUAUCUCAAGAAAAGAAAAAGAAAGCAGUUAGUUCAGCGGGUAGUCCUGCUAAGAGUACGACCAGUACAACGACGAAUGAGAGGUUUGUCAGUAAAGGACCAAGAACUCCAAAGAAUGACGGGGUCAAAGUUGAGAUCUACGAGAACAAGACUCGUAACGGAUCUAUUAGCGCCAUAUACACAGCAUUGGCUAUGGAUUCUGAUGAACAGCCUAGCAAGAUCUUUGAGUUAGUCAAGGAUAUUGAGAAACAGUGUUUCAAAGCUGUCAAUUUUACCGUUGAUGAUACCUAUAGAAACAAAUUACGGUCAUUAAUAAUGAAUUUGAAGAAUAAGAACAAUCCAACUCUUCGAAGGUCUAUUCUAGAUCACGAAAUAAUCCCAUCCAAACUAGUGACCAUGUCUGCCCAAGAGUUAGCUCCCGAUUCUCUCAAAAAGGAAAUGGAGGAAAUAUACAAGAAGAACUUAUUUGACGCUCAAGGCGCCACGGAGAAUAACUCUGUUACAGAUAGAUUUGAGUGUGGUAAGUGUAAGCAAAGGAAGGUCAGUUACUUCCAGAAACAGACAAGGUCGGCUGAUGAACCGUUGACCACCUUUUGUAAAUGUGAGAACUGUGGUAAUAGGUGGAAGUUUAGUUGA